AGAAGGGAAACCAACGGAAGAAGAAGACAGGCUAAGAAUAAGAUACGCCAUUGCGCGAAUCUCAGAACCUAAUCCUCUCUUGAUUCAAGUGAAGAUGUCGGAAGUUGAUGGCUCAGAGAGGAUCAACGAGAAGAUCCACGAAUAUCGAGGGUCGUCUUCGGAUUCCGAUGAUGAGAAGCCCUUGUUUCAUAAUUCAAGAAAGAAAUGGUUGUUUGGAAGGAAGGAAUCGGUACAUGCCCUACUUGGUGGAGGAAAAUCUGCUGAUAUCAUACUGUGGAGAAAUAUGCAACUAUCAGGAAGCAUAUUUGCUGGAGUUACUGUUAUCUGGCUUCUCUUUGUCUGGAUGGGCUAUCACUUGCUCACAUUUAUUUGCCACUUUCUUAUACUUUUGCUGGCAAUAUCUUUUCUCUGGAUCAACGGAGCAUCAUUUGUCAACAGGUCUCCACCAAAAUUUCCUGAAGUCUUCCUUCCUGAGGACCUAUUUCUGAGUAUCGCCCAAUCUGUAAGAUAUGAAAUUAAUGAGGCUUUGGCAACUUUCUACUAUGUUGCUUGUGGAAAGGAUUUGAAGAAGUUUUUGAUGGUAAUUGCAGGCUUGUGGGUUCUUUCUGUAAUUGGUAGCUUGUUCAGUUUCUUGACACUCAUCUACAUUAACUAG